AUGCGCGCGGACUCCAGCAGAGGCGAAGCGUCCCGCAGCCAGCCGUGGCCCGCGCGGCGGCGGCAGCGGGCGUCGCCGCGGGCCAGCGGCGCCGUGUGCCAGGCCCGCGGCGGCGGGCGCCCGGGCGCCGCCGAGCUGCCGGCGGCCGAGGCAGUCAUGCGCGCCCUGUGCCGCGAGGGCGGCGGCCAGGCAGAGGCGCUGGCGCGGGCGGUGGAGGAGCUGGUCCGCGCCAGAGCCGACCUCGGCACGCCGAACGAGUACGGGCAGACAGCGCUGCUGCUGGCGGCCGGGCAGGGCGGCGCCGCCGCGGCAGUGAGGGCGCUGCUGGGCGCGGGGGCGGAGGCGAACGAGCGCGACGGGCGCGGGGCCUCGGCGCUCGCCUGGGCGGCCGCGUUCUCGGGGGACGCCGAGGUGGUGGGCGAGCUGCUGGGCGCGCGCGCCGACCUGGGCGCGGCGGACGAGGACGGCCUGACGCCGCUGAUGGCCGCGAGCCACGCCGGCCACGCGGAGGUCGUGCGCUGCCUGCUGGCCGCGCGCGCGCCAGCC